UGCUGGUUAAAAUUACCUAAGAAAUAUUUGAUAUUAUAUUUUGAAGAAGUUGUCCAAGUAGCGACACACCAAGCGUCUGUAAAAAUGGAAGGACUGGAGAUGUCUGCGAUGAUACCUGCUCUUCAGGAGCUAGCUAGUGCCAGCGCCGCUGAGUACGACCAGGCGGUGCAGAAACCUCGACAGAUCCUCUGUCAGUUCAUUGACAGAAUACUGACGGAUGUCGAUGUCGUUGCUCUAGGGCUGAACAAGAAGUCUAGUUCAGAGCCGGCCUGUGUGAUGCUGCUGGACUUUGUGCAGCAUAUAAUCAAGUCCUCAUCUUUGAUGUUCACCAACCCUGCCUGCCAACCUGCUGAGUAUCCGGACACCACACAGAGCUCUACUGACUUUAGUAAGUGGGUGGCCGUGCGCUUGCUUCGUGUGGCAGCGGCUCCAGGCUGUGACGUCAUCCACGGGCGGGUCUCUGCUGUGCUGUGCUCUUUACUUCACACUCUGAGAGCCAGGGCGCCAUUCAUCUUCAGCCGCCUCACUCGGGAGCUCAUUGUUCUGGCCCAGGACCUCAGCAACAUCCUGUACACUCAUAUUUCCACAUUGGCAGGAAAUGGACACUCUUUGGGAAUUUACACGCAGAGCCGAUGGCCUGUUACGCUCGAGUGCUUCAGUAUCUCCCUCGUUUGUGUCACCUCGUACCUUAAGCCCUCUCCUCUUGUUCUCGCCUCGCCUGCUGCCCUGGAGUCGCUGACCACCGUGGCGAUCGGUGUCGUAACUGAUGCCCUGCGGGGGGUUGUCUCCCCUCGUGACAUCAGUGUGGCCUGGGAGACUGCUUGCUCCUUCCUGGCCAAUGGCAACAGCAGGUUGAGGAAGAUGUCCAUGGUGAUGCUGAGUCGACUAGUGGAGCUGGGAGGGUUUCCUGAGAGGCAGGGCCACGAGUUCUUCAUGGCCUACCUUCAGUUACUGGAAACACACUCAUACGCAUACACAGCAGACACCAAACUAGAUGAGAAACAUCCCUAUGAAGGCGAGCUGCUGCACCUGACUCGCUGUGUGUUUCAGUCGUCUGGUGUCUCUCACUCACACUUUGAGCCCAUCUACCUCUCGCAGAUGUUCGAGUGUGUUUGUACUCUUGGAGGGUCAGAUGUCAAGUUGGGGACUGAGGUUACCAAAACACUCUGUUUGCUGUUCAGCUUCUUGCUGUCUGUCGCCAUAGUUUAUGAAAGUGCUGCGUUGUUAAGAAGGCAGCGAGUCACAGAGGUCUGCAGGACGCUGACACGCACCGUUGGAACAGAAAAGCAGGCUGAAUGUGCAGAGGGUUUUCUCCAAGCCGCACUGAAGGCUGAGACUGCUAUGGUGAUGCAGAAGUCAGUAGAUGGAGAGACUGCUGCCAAGAAAUCCUGCAAAUCUGCCACCAAGUCAGUCCGCAAAAUGACAAAAACAUCAGCAGCUGAGAUGGACAUGCGUGCUGGCAGUGAGGUUUGGGCUGUGGUAAACAGUCGGCUGGAGGAGCUGCUGACCUUUUUGAACUCUGAUGGACCUGAAACCGAACAGACUCUCUCUGCUCUUGAGGGUCUGGCCCUCAUUCUCCACCUGGCUGCCCUCUGCUCCUCUCCCACCAGUCCUUCUCCUCUUCUCUGGGUGCCUGCUGAGACUCUGGGCAGGGCCCUGAAGAGCUGCCAGUCAGUGUUAGAAGUAGGUCCUGAACCUGGCUUAAACCAGAACUACUUUCAGUCUGCUGUCCAGACUACUGUUAGGGUCCUUGACUCUAUCCUCUACCUGACAAUGAGCAGCCACAGUGAGGGCGGGCUCCAGCGGCGAGUGUGUGCUCUGCUGUCUCUUCCCUGGGUGUGUGAAAACAAGUUCAUCCCAGCCUAUAAGAGUUCAGGAUUCCCCUCCUGGCUGCCUGCCUUCGCUCAGAGACUCAGCCUCUGUUACUCAUCUGAGUUCCAGGCAGAGUGUGUGUCACUUCUGGCCCUUCUGCAUGGUGGUGUGUGUGAGACGUGGCGUGUGUGUGUGUUUACCAAGACGUUGCUGAGUCCAGAUGAGCUGGUGAGAGCAGCGGCAGUCAAGGCCUUCCCUCUUCUUCUUCACCACCUGGGAAACUCGCACCACAACCUCAUCAGCACUACUCUGCUUCCCAUGCUGGAGGACAGUUCGGAGCAGGUGAAGAAGGAGCUUGCCAGGAUCAUCGGUGAGCUGAGCUGUAUCCAGUCAGAGCUCUCCCAGCUCAGUGACACCCACACAGAGUCCACUCUUCUUCCUGAGAUCCUCUGCCACCAACUCAGCCUUGCAACAAAGCAUGCUGGGAAUACUAUUCCAUCCAUCAGGGCGGCUGUUGUUAAACCCUUCCUGCCACUGCUCAAAAAGCAAGCUCCAAGUAGUGUUAAACAAGCUUUCCUAGAAGCUCUGCCUCAUCUCUGCCAGCAUGUGAAUCUGGUUGGUGGAGAUAGUGACUCCCAGGCAGUUCUCUGCGCUCUGAUUGGUCUUAUGGAGGACUCAGAUCCAGUGGUCAGAAUACGCUUUAGCCAAUCAGUGCGUUUCCUGCUAACGGAGACCAGCAGAAACUCCGAGCAGGGCUCUCUGAGUGAGCUCCUGGUCGCCCGUCUUAAAGAGGCGUUCAACAAGGCUAAACUCAACAGAGACGACGACCUGCGCAACACUCUCAUCCUCACCACUGGAGAGAUUGGCAGAGCGUCUCAGGGUAGUUUGGUGUCGUUCUCUCUGCUGCGGCUGCUUCACUGUCUGCUGUCCAAGUCGUCUCCGGUGUCUGUAGCUGCUUACGCUCAGAUCAGAGCCUUGGCCACUGCCAAAGGUCUUAAACUUCAGACCCUCUUCAGUCAGUACAAGAACCCUAUUUGCCAGAGGACCCUCCAGGUGCUCCUGCCCUACCUGGCUGCCAAAGCGAGCUCUACUGGCUCCGCCCUCAUCCGUACCCUGGCCAAUGAGCUGAAGGCGAACAGAAGAGAGAUCCUGAUCAACAACUUCAAGUACAUCUUCAGCCAUCUGGUCUGUUCCUGCACUAAAGAAGAGCUAGAGAGGGCUUUCCACUACCUACAGAGUGAGACCGAGAUUGAACUGGGCUCUCUGCUAAGGCAAGACUUCCAGGGUCUUCACAACGAGCUGCUGCUGCGCCUGGGAGAACACUACCAACAGGUGUUUAAUGGUCUGGCGAUCCUGGCAUCCUUUGCGUCCAAUGAUGACCCGUACCAGGGUCCCCGAGACAUCACCACCCCUGAACGCAUGGCGGACUACCUGCAGCCGAAGCUGCUGGGAAUUCUUGCUUUCUUCAACAUGCAGCUGCUCAGCUCCAGCGCAGGAGAGAAGGACCGGAAGAAGUUGGCAUUGACAAGUGUGAUGGCUCUAAUGCGACUGAUGGGCUCCAAACACAUCAGCUCUGUCCGAGUAAAGAUGAUGACGACGCUCCGCACGGGCCUCCGAUACAGAGAGGACUUCCCUCUGCUCUGCUGCCAGACGUGGGAGUGUUUUGUGAGGAGUGUGGAGCCGGCACACUUGGGCCCUCUACUGAGUCAUGUUAUUGUUGCACUCCUCCCUCUGAUCCCACUGCAGCCCAAAGAAACCGCUGCCAUUAUCCGCUUCCUGAUACUGCACAACAGGGAAGAAGUCAACGACUACCUCCAUGAGAUUUACUUUCUGCCAGACCAGCCUGAGCUGAAAGACAUCCACACCGUUCUGCAGAACUACAAGAAGCUGACAGCCAGCAGCAGCGACCUGGCCGCAGCGCUGCAGCUCUCCAUGAGGGCCGUUCAACAUGAAAACGUCGACGUCAGGAUUCAUGCGUUGACCAGCCUCAGGGACAUGAUGCACAGCAAGCAGGAGUGGCUGCUGAGGCAUGUUUGUGCGAGUGAGGCGGUAGAGCCGGUCAUCUCCAGCCUGGUGUCAGUGCUGCUGAAGGGCUGCCAGGACUCGUCCCCGGAGGCCAGGCUCCUCUGUGGGGAGUGUCUGGGGGAGCUGGGGGCCGUGGAUCCCGGACGUCUGGACCUGUCCCACACACACACCCAUGGCGACCGCAACACCUUCGUGAGUGGAGUUGAUGAUCCCAACUUCGCCUAUGAGCUGCUGACUGAACUGACCAGAACAUUUCUGGCUUACGCCGAUGACGUGAGAGCACAGGACUCUGCUGCUUAUGCAAUUCAGGAGCUGCUGUCCAUCUUUGAGUGCCGUGACGGUCGAACCGACUCACCGGGGCGCCGUCUGUGGAGGAGAUUCCCAGAGCAGAUUCAAGAAAUACUAGAACCACACCUCAACAGCAGGUAUAAGAGCAGUCAGAAGGAGGUGAACUGGUCUAAACUGAAGAAGCCAGUGUACUUAAGCAAGAGAGGCAGCAAAUUCUCUGAUUGGUCGGCCACCUGGGCCGGAUACCUCAUCAGCAAGGUGAGACAUGAGCUGGCCAGCAAAGUGUUCACCUGCUGCAGUUUCAUCAUCAAACACGACUACAAGGUUACAAUCUACCUGCUGCCUCAUAUUCUGCUCUACAUGCUGCUGGGCUGCACACCUGCAGAGCAACAGGAGGUAACGGAGGAGAUGCUGGCCGUGCUGACAGCAGGUGAUGGACGAGGAGCGGAGUGUGGUCAGGUGACAGCCUCCAGCCUAUCACAGCUCAGCACUCAGACUGUGUUUAGCAUGAUGUCUCACCUCACACAGUGGAGCCGCCACAUCCUCUACUCCAAACCCAAACAAAACGAAAGUGGCGAGUAUCAGCGUGUGGUCGCCUUCCUGAAAGGUAUUCCACAGGACGUUCUGGCCAAGGCCUCUCUACGAUCCAAAGCCUACACUCGUGCCCUCAUGCACUUUGAAGCAUACAUCUUAGAAAACAAAGAGAACAUCCAGGACCAUCUCACCUUCCUGCAGAGACUGUAUGCUGCGAUGCAUGAGCCUGAUGGUGUGAGGGGGGUCAACGCCCUGAGAAGGGAGGAGCCGUCGCUACGGGAACAGAUACUGGAGCACGAGAGCAUCGGCCUGCUCCGAGACGCAACCGCCUGCUAUGACCGGGCCAUACAGCUGGAGUCGGACCAGAUUGGUCACUAUCAUGGGGUGAUGACGUCUAUGCUCGGCCUGGGACAGCUGUCAACAGUCAUCACUCAGGUCAAUGGAGUCCUGGCCAACAAGCACCAGUGGAAGUCAGAGCUGAACACCUACAGAGUGGAGGCCGCCUGGAAGCUCGGAAAAUGGGACCUGCUGGAAGAUUAUUUGAGUUCAGACCGUCAGUCCAAUACUUGGGGUGUGCGGCUUGGCCAGUUACUGCUGUCAGCUAAGAAGCAGGAUGGCGAGACUUUCUAUGAGAAGCUGAAGCUGGUGAGGAAGGAACAGGUCGUCCCUCUGUCUGCAGCCAGUUAUGAGUGUGGAACCUACCAGAGAGGAUAUGAGUACAUCGUCAGGCUUCACAUGCUCAGCGAGUUGGAGCACAGUUUUACUGAGCUGCAGAAACAGAGGGAAUGCUCCACCCCCAGCCUCAACCAGCUGCCUCCCCAUUGGUCAGAUCGACUGGAGAUGACCCAGAAUUCCUUCAGGGCCAAGGAGCCAAUCCUGGCCCUCCGUCGUGCCCUGCUCAGCCUGGGACCACAACCUAUGAGCACAGAGAUGGUAGGGGAGUGCUGGCUGCAAAGUGCCCGGGUGGCCAGAAAGGCAGGACAUCACCAGACUGCCUUCAAUGCACUACUGAACGCAGAGAACACACACCUGGCCGAGCUGGUCACCGAGAAGGCCAAGUGGCUUUGGUCCAAGGGCGAUGUACACGAGGCGCUGAUCGUCCUGCAGAAGGGCGUGGCCCAGUGUUUCCCUGACGACAAGCCACUCACGGACCCUCGCAGCCUGCAGACCAAAAGCAGGGCCAUGCUGCUGGUGGGACGCUUCAUGGAGGAGACGGCCAACUUCGAGUCCAAUGCCAUCAUGAAGGCAUACAAGGAUGUGACCAACCUUUUGCCUGAGUGGGAGGAUGGAAACUUCUACCUGGCCAAGUACUACGACAAAGUGAUGCCAAUGGUGACUGAUAACAAGCUGGAGAAACAGGGGAACCUCAUCCGAUACAUUGUCACAUUCUUUGGAAAAGCCUUGCAGUUUGGAAACCAGUACAUCUACCAGGCCAUGCCUCGCAUGCUGUCUCUCUGGCUGGAUUUUGGAGCAAAAGUGUGUGAGUGUGAUAAAGCGGGGCGAUCAGACAGACAGUUGCGACAGGAGCUGGGAAAAAUCAACACGGUGGUGAGUGAGCACUGUGCCAACUUGGCGCCAUACCAGUUCCUGACCGCCUUCUCCCAGCUCAUCUCCAGGGUGUGCCACUCCAGCGACGAGGUCUUUACCGUCCUCAUGACCAUCGUGGCCAAAGUCUUCCUGGCAUACCCCCAACAGGCUAUGUGGCUAAUGACUGCUGUCUCCAAGUCGUCCUACCCAAUGCGUAUGAACCGCUGUAAUCAGAUCCUCAAGAAAGCAAUUAGUCUCAAACAGUCUCUGGAGAAAUUUAUCGGAGACGCCAACAGGUUGACUGACAAGCUGCUGGAGCUCUGCAACAAGCCGGUGGAUGGUAACAGCACCACCCUCAGCAUGAGCGUUCACUUCAAGCAGCUAAAACGUCUGGUGGAGGAGCCGACCUUCAGCCAGAUCCUGAUCCCGCUACAGUCAGUCCUCAUCCCUACGCUGCCCUCUACUGGCGGGGCAAACACACAUCACGACGCCUUCCCCGGACACUGGGCAUACCUGGAUGGCUUUGAAGACACUGUGGAGAUCUUGGCCUCCUUACAGAAGCCUAAGAAGAUAAGUCUGAAGGGUUCAGAUGGGCGGAGCUACACCAUGAUGUGUAAACCUAAAGAUGACCUGAGGAAGGACUGCAGACUCAUGGAGUUCAACUGCCUCAUCAACAAGUGCCUACGUAAAGAUGCUGAGUCAAGGCGGAGGGAGCUACAUAUCCGUACCUACGCUGUGAUUCCUCUCAAUGAGGAGUGCGGCAUCAUCGAAUGGGUCAACAACACUGCCGGACUUCGACACAUUCUCACCAAGCUGUAUAAAGAGAGAGGUAUCUACUUAUCAGGUAAAGAGCUCAGGAAGCUUAUUCUGCCGAAGACAGCCCCCUUUGAGGAGAAGCUACGAAUUCACAAGGAGGUGCUUUGUGUUCGACACCCUCCUGUGUUCCACGAGUGGUUCCUCCGGACCUUCCCUGACCCGACUUCAUGGUACAGCAGUCGCUCUGCGUACUGCCGCUCCACUGCUGUGAUGUCCAUGGUGGGCUACGUCCUGGGUCUGGGAGAUCGCCACGGAGAAAACAUCCUCUUUGACUCUUUCACCGGGGAAUGUGUUCACGUCGACUUCAACUGCCUCUUCAACAAGGGGGAGACGUUUGACGUGCCUGAGGUGGUUCCCUUCCGUCUGACCCAGAACAUGGUCCACGCCAUGGGGCCCAUGGGCACCGAGGGUCUCUUCAGACAGGCCUGUGAGGUCACCCUGAGGUUAAUGAGAGACCAGAGAGAACCGCUCAUGAGUGUGCUUAAAACCUUCCUUCAUGACCCGCUUGUCGAGUGGAGUAAACAGGCCAAAGGACUUUCUAAAGCUCAGGCCAACGAGACAGGAGAGAUAGUUAAUGAAAAGGCAAAAACCCACGUGUGUGACAUCGACCAGCGUCUGCAGGGAGUAAUAAAGAGCAGGAACAAAGUGCUGGGUCUACCUCUGUCUAUAGAGGGACACGUCCACUACCUCAUACAGGAAGCCACAGAUGACAAACUGCUCUGUCAGAUGUAUUUGGGCUGGGGGCCCUACCUGUAAAACACACACCUAAAUUCAUCAAAGGAGAGGAAAGCAUUUAAAUUCAGGAGAAUUUCAGAUGCUUUCCUGUGAUCAAAUGCCUACACAAGACAACCUGUGCCCUCCAAGGUGGCUUUAAGAAAGUAUGAUAAGUGCAAAUACAGUAAAUUCUUGCACUGAAGUUUGUAAUAACGGCAAAAAAAAGACAUGUCCUACACCCACGACUGUUUGUUGAAUGCCAGAUUUUUGUUUGAGUACUUCCAUCAUUGUUUAGUUUCCUGUUUUCUGGAAACAAAAUAUAUUUGUUGCAUUUCUGUACAUUAUCUUGUAAUAAAUGAUAUGUUUUGCAGA